AUGUCCAUCAGAUCGAUUGUUCCCCAAGACACCGCAACACACGCAGGUAUCACCAUGACAACCAAGAUGGUGGUGCAGCAGCCUCAGCCCGUGAUGGUGUCCAUGACCUCCAACGAGUGGAGCUCAGGCAUCUGUGACUGCUUCCAUGAUGUCCCCCAAUGUUGCUUCGCCUUCUGGUGCUUCCCGUGUUUCACUUGUGUAACAGCAAAGAAGUAUGGCGAGUGUCUGUGUCUCCCCCUGCUGGAGUACAUCUGCUGCUUCCCUGCCAUCUCCACGUCCAUGAGGACCUCCAUGAGGCAGCGCUACGGCAUCAGUGGCGACAUCUGGCAGGACUGUGUGUAUGGCUUCUUCUGCACGUCCUGCAGCUGGUGCCAGAUGGCGAGAGAGAUGAAGGGCCGCAGUAUCCCAGUGGUUAUGCUCAACACCAGAGCCCACUGA